UUAUUAAUUAAUAGGGUGAAGUGGGGUAAAUGUAAUCAAGCCCUACGAUUUUUUUUAUAACGUUUUGGAACAUAUUGUCUUCGAAAUUCGAAAAUAUGACCCUUUUUAUACCCAUAUUACUUUUGAUUAACCUCUUAGUUCCAGUUUCAAAGAUUUUUUUUCUUUUUUUGGUACUUACCCUGGCUCUACACUUGCGUACACAAAUAGACGAAUAUUUGGAAACGAAUAAUUAUGUAUGUUACUUUUGACCGAAUAAUUGCAUUUUUGGUUUAAAAUACGGAAAAUAUUCGCUUUGUACCGUCGCAUGCUAUUUAAGAUAGAUGAUUAUUUAAUAGCUGCAGCUGCCUACUUUUUUAUGUGUUACUAUAAUAAUUUAAGGAAAAACCUAAAAAACCUAGGAAAAGAAGAUGGUGGAUGGUUUCCCUUCAUCACAGUAGAAAAAGGUAUGAUGGAAUCAACAUGAUUGCAUAUUUACAACAGGAGCAUUCUGGUCAAUUUUUGCCGGAUGUCUUCAUCAAAUUUUAACAAUUUACUUGUUAGAAUUGGCCCAAGUAUCGCAAGAAGAGAUACUAAAUGGCGAAAAGCAAUUCCAGCAAAAAUUCGUUUAGCUGUGACUCUUCGGUUUUUGGCGACUGGAGAUAGCUAUCAAAGUCUUCAUUAUCUCUUCAAAAUAUCUCCCCAAGUAAUUUCUGAAAUUGUGCCGGAGGUGUGCAGUGCAAUAAUUGAAGCAUUAAAAGACAUUAUAAAGAUUCCCAAGGAAAAGCAAGAAUGGUUAGCGAUAGCUUCUAACUUUGAAACUGGAUGGCAGUUUCCCCACUGUUUAGGGGUCAUGGAUGGGAAGCAUAUUGUACUUCAAUGCCCAUUUAAUACUAAUUCAGAAUAUUACAACUACAAGGGCAGCUUUAGCAUUGUUCUCAUGGCAUUGGUUGACAGCAAUUACAAUUUUAUAUAUGCAGAUAUAGGUUGCCAGGGAAGAAUUAGCGACGGUGGUGUUUUUCGAAACAGCACAUUAUAUGAAAACAUUUAUAGACCAAAUGCAACCAUUCCACAGUCGGUACCAAUUGCAGGAUAUAAAAAUGAAGAUUUACCCUCUGUCUUUCUUGCUGACGAUGCUUUUGAACUAACCACAAAAAUUUUAAUGGCAUUCAUAAGAAAGGGUCUGUUCAACGGAUUUUCAAUUAUCGCCUCUCCCGUGCGCGCAUUAUAGUUGAAAAUGUGUUUGGCAUAAUGGCCUCUGUAUUUGGAGUUCUUAGAAAACCGAUGUUAUUGCAACCAAGUAGGGCAACUUUAAUAACUUUGACAUGUGUCUAUCUGCAUAAUUAUUUACGUAAAAGUAGAACUUCACGGCCUAUGUACACGUUACAAGGCUCUUUUGAUUCAUUUACGGAAGAUAAGGACUACCGACCCUGCUGCCACUACAAAAAAUUCCACGUAAAUCACCGCAAAGUGCUCAAAACGUGAGAGAUAAAUAUGCGAAUUAUUUUAUGACUUCCGGAAGGGUAGAGUGGCAAGAAAAAUAAAAUUAGUUCAGGUUAAUUAAUUACUACUUAUUUAAAGAAUGUACCUAGCUGUCAUCUAAUAUACCUAUGUACAGGGUGAUUCAUUAUAAAUGUUUACCCCCCUUAACUUUUUUAAUAUAUCACACUUUUCUGGUACACCCUGGGGGGGGGGAUAAACAUUUAUAAUGAAUCACCCUGUACCUUAAUUAGUAUUUAUUAAUUAAAUAUAAUCCACGUUAAACUUCUGAUUUUGAGUAAUAAUAAAUAUAAAAAUUAAAAUUUACAAGCUUUUCAUAUUAAAAACUUGUUUUGAAUACCUAAUCAAGUACCCUACCUACCAUUUAAAUAUACCGAAUAGCUAAAUGACAUAAUUAUGUAUUUACCCCCUAUAGGUAUAUUGUUAAUUUAUUUACCUCUGUAUCAGUCGUUGGUACGCAAUGGUAAACUGGGGCAAGGAACUUCUCCAUGGUAUCAAAAGCGAACCAACUGGGCUUAAAAAUCUCGUCACUACCCAUGCCAGAUUUAAGGGAUUUCUUUUUCUUAUUAAGUAACAUCCUAAAUGAUGCCAUUAACGAGUCCUUCUUUUUUUUU